CAAGGCACUGGAAAAAAUAAACCAGUACAAUUUCUAGGUUAUGUUAUGUUAUCGGUCUUUCGAGUUUGUGAUUUUGUGUCAAUCUUGUUGAGUGUUAUUGAAGUACAAGUUUAAAAUUAAUGUUUUAAAAAGCAAUGUUACCAGACAAUACAAAUAAAAAUUUAUUUAAAAGGCGUCAGAAUACUCCUCUCAAUAUCACCGAACGUAUCAAUGGUCUACACAACCGAGUAUUGACAAAAGCAUGCGUUCUGAGAGGCAUUGUGAAUGGCAUCUCUAUUGGGCCGAAUUGUACGGUCGACUCUUUGGAUGUGACUCCACCGCAAGAUGUUUCCGGUGACGCAUCGGCAGAAACAAAUGGCCAUAGUGAUCAGUUGGACAAAUCCACAAAUGGAUGCAGCUCGAGCACCGGUAGCAAUGAUGAAGAAAAGCUAAAUGAUUCGAAUAAUACUCCAAAGUCUGGUGCACUCCAAGGCCGAAAAACUUCAACAAGAAAAAGUAGAACGAUUUUUGACAAGGAAAGAGAGCGUUUCAUAAGCAUUGCCGUCCGAGAGAAAGCUGCACUGAUAAAAGAAAAGGAACAAGAAUUGGAGGAAAAACUAAGGAUGAAAAGAGAAGAGAUGCAUAUGCAGCAGGCACAAAUUGAUUUGGAAAGAGAGCGACUUCGCUUGCAAAAAGAAGAAGAAUGUGUUAUUGAAGCUGAAUAUUGGAGAUCCGUUAAUGAUCAGCUUAGCGUUAAGAGAUUAAUAGAAUCCAAUGAAAGGGUUAGAAGAGCGUUGGAAAAACAGAGCGAAGCCGAAAGACAACAUAAACUAGAGUUAAAAGAGAGGAGAGAGAGGUUAGAUAAAAUUGUUGAUCAUCAAAUUUUGUAUCGCGAACUCUAUCAACAACUACAGGAUGCUACAAAGAGAUGCAAAAAUCCAAAAGAACUUAUGACUUCCUUGGCUAAUGAAACUACCAAGUUGAAAACAAUAAAUGUGAGAUUUGAAUCAGUCAUCAAUAAGUGCAAGGGUGGUUCAGUUUCUCAAUCAGAUGUGGAAGAAGGUGAUGAUGUUAUAAAUCAGAUAAAGACUAUUUCAUCAUUAUUCAACGCUAAAGUAGAUGAAAUCAACAAAUCAAUUGAAGAAAGUGAAAAACAAAGAGAGGAACAAGCUAAAGCAGAAAGUGUAGUGAAAGAAUUACCCAACCAAGUGACAGCAGUUAUCGAUAACCAGAAUACGGAUCAAACUGACUCGAAGACUGCUGAAGCAAAUGGCCUUGAAGAUUACGUUGAUUUAGAAUCAUUCAACAGUCAUAUUAGUCUAAUAAAAUUUUUAGAAGAAUAUGAAGAGUCAUUAGAACCCCUGUUGAAGGAUGAUUCAAUGAAGAAAUUCAGGUUCUCGUGUCAGAAAGCAGUUAUCACUCCGGUGAAUGCAAUAUCACCAAUCAGUCACGAGCACAUGAAAGAUAAAUUUGAUAGAUUGUCAAGGCUACUGAGAGGUGAAACGGUUACGCUGGGCGAUGCGAAAUUUUCAGCCUCCAGUCACCCUCUGGGCAUCAAAUUCUGCACGAAUCUUAUGGCGAAGAAAUUUGUUAGUCAAGGAGAUCAGACAGUAUCCAGUAAGCCGGAGGCAGCCUUUGCUAUAGCUGGAAUAGCUGUUAGUCUCUGGUACGAAUUUCCAGAUUUCGGUGAACUCCUCAAGGCCCAUUUCCAGAGAGAAUGUCCUUACCUCAUACCCGCCCUCAUGCCACAACUUGAGGGACAAUCCGAUGAAGAAUAUUACAAAGUUCUAGCCUACCAGUACAUUGACGGUAAAGUGGAGUCGCAGGACAAAUUUCUGAAGCGCAUGAGUGGUUUCAUGAAAUUGUACGCGGCGAUGAUAAUCAGCAAACCGCGUUCGCGUCCUCGUCCCGACCACCCGCUCGGCCUCAGUGAAGGCUGGAGAUGGUUGGCUGCUAUAAUGAACCUAGAGCCGAGAUGUGAUAUCAGUGCAACUCUAAUUUUGAUCAUGCUCGAUGUGGCUGGCUCCGAGCUGUUACGUUGCUAUGGCGCCCAAUUCCGAAAGAUUCUCCAUCUCCUCUGCUCUGAAAUUCUUCCCCGAAUAGAAAAGGUGACCCCUGAAGGAUGUGGUGGUCCAGUGAGACGACUGAAAACAUUUUUGGAAAAUGUUCUUAAAACUGGACAAAUACCACCUCCAGAAGGAUUAUAUGGGUCGAGUAUUUGGUGAUUCCUGCACAAAGUGAAAUUGAAAUUUUCUGUUUAUUGUGGUGUACUUUACGGUAGUUCAGUAGUAGAUUCUACUUGAUCAAAAAGACUCGGUUUCUCAACUUUUGCUUCGGGUCAAAUCAUUGUAUCCUGACAAAUAAUACUCAUGUACAAAUACAACUCAUUUUUUAAUUAUUCA